UCAACAUGUACGCAACACACAUACAGUGCGAUGUUGUUUGGAUAUACUGCGUUUAAAUAAAAAAAUCAUUCGUAUAAAUUGGGAAUUGACGAGGCAAUGAGCAAUGAGCAUCCAAAAAAAACCAUGAAUUCAACGAAAUAGAUUAGCGCACAGUGGUCAAGGCAUCUUUUCAUACGUGCGCAGCAGACGCUUCCUUAACUUUUUCCGCGCGACCUCCUAACUUAUCGUGUUCGUUCGUACUUCGUAUGGGCCAGACAGUAGCAGCAGCACCAGCAGCAGUAGUCAAUUCAACCUUCUGCACACCAUCAUAAUAAUAACUAUCGAGUUUAGGCUUCUGCUGCGAAUGAAAGAGUUGCGUUGCAAAUGUGAAUCGGUCAACUACAAUCGCGAUUAACGCUGAGUUCUAGUUAAAAAUAGGUGUCAAGCUCGCAUCGCAUAAUUAUUUAUACGAGUUGCAAUCCUGCAUGCUUCGCAAUCAAACGUCAACACCAGCAGAGCACCCUAUUAAGAUUAUUUUGCCAAGCAUAUUCACUCAGUAGUAGUUCUAAGUUGCUGUAAGCAAUGGCUGCAUAUAUUAAUCGCACAGUUUCUAUGAUUGCUGGAGAUAAACAAAGCAGAACAAAUGAUAUACGAACUGAAAAUUCUCCUCUACAGAUAUUUGUCAAGGCCAAAAAGAAAAUAAAUGAUAUAUUUUUAGAAAUUGAUGAUUAUGUUGAUGAUACAGUACGAUUCAUUGACUCAUUGAAAGAUGACCACAAGAUCAUUGCCCAAGAGGAAGUUCAGAAAGUUGAAGCCUACAAAGAUAAAGUACAAGGAAUCAGAUACGUUCUUAAAAGAGAUCACAUGAAAGUUGCUUUUUUUGGAAGAACAAGCAAUGGAAAAAGUACUGUUAUCAAUGCUAUGUUGAGAGAUAAAAUUUUACCAAGUGGUAUAGGUCAUACCACCAACUGUUUUUUGCAAGUUGAGGGAUCUGAUGGUGAGGAGCCUUAUUUGAUAACAGAAGGUUCUGAUGUUAAACAGCCAGUACAGUCAGUUGGACAACUAGGUCAUGCACUUUGUAAAGAAAAAUUAUGCGAAAGUAAUUUAGUGCGAAUAUUUUGGCCCAAAAGUAAGUGUUUGCUGCUGCGCGACGACGUGGUAUUUGUCGACAGUCCCGGUGUUGAUGUUACACCAAAUCUCGAUGAAUGGAUCGAUAAACAUUGUCUUGAUGCAGAUGUCUUUGUAUUAGUAGCAAAUGCUGAGUCUACUCUUAUGUUAGCGGAAAAAAAUUUCUUCCAUAAAGUUUCAACAAAGUUAUCAAAACCAAAUAUUUUUAUUUUGAACAAUCGAUGGGAUGCUUCUGCUUCGGAACCAGAAUUUUUAGAUGAGCAGCUUGAUGAACAAAAAGAGGUUCGAGCCCAGCAUCAAGACCGCGCAGUGGAUUUUCUAGCUCGUGAACUCAGAGUCUAUAAUACGAAAGAUGCCGAAGAGCGAGUUUUCUUUGUUUCCGCUAAAGAAACUCUUCAAGCUCGACUCAAAGAACAAAAAGGCGAAUCUGCUCACAGUGGUGCCUUGGCCGAAGGUUUUCAAAAUAGAUAUUUUGAAUUUCAAGAUUUUGAAAGGAAAUUUGAAGAGUGCAUUUCCAAAUCUGCUGUGAAAACUAAAUUUGAGCAGCAUACUCAACGUGGAAAGCACAUCUCUACAGAAAUUCGACAAACUCUUAAUGAAAUCCUGGACCGUACUCAAAAGAUGAAGGCAGAGCAAAUGAAUGCACAAAAAGAGGUGCGUGACAAGUUAAAUUUUACGGAACAGCAACUCAUUUUACUGACUCAAGAAAUGAAAGACAAAAUACAUCGGAUGGUUGAAGAUGUGGAGCAACGAGUCUCCAAAGCAUUGAACGAAGAAAUACGACGUCUAGCUGUCUUAGUAGACGAAUUUAAUUUAAAAUUUUAUUCCGAACCAUUAGUUCUCAACGCCUACAAAAGUCAACUACAUGUGCAUGUGGAAAACGGUUUGGGUUCGAAUUUGCGCGCUCGGCUCAGUACGGCUUUAGCUCUAAAUAUCGAAAAUUCGCAACGUGAAAUGACUGAAAGAAUGUCAUGUCUGUUACCUGAGAACAAAAAGCAGGUGUCUAUGAACGUACUGCCAAGAAGGGAGCCAUUUGAAAUUUUAUACAGGUUGAACUGUGAUAAUUUGUGCGCCGAUUUUCACGAAGAUUUAGAGUUCAGGUUUACCUGGGGCCUUACUGCUAUGAUCAACAGAUUUGCUGGAAAACACCGUAAUAAUCAGAGACUAGCCAUCACCAAUUUACCACAAGAGAUUCCUCAAGCUCUCAUAUCACCCGCUGACAGCAUAGACUCAUCCAAAUUUGUAUCGACCACAAAUUAUUUCGUUCCACCUAGGAAUGACGAUUGGUCUUUAUCUACCAAAAUAGCAUUAGCUUCAAUUACUUCACAAGGAACAAUGGGCGGUUUACUUCUAGCUGGUUUCAUGUUAAAAACAGUUGGCUGGAGGUUGAUAGCCGUAACCGGUGCCAUUUACGGCACGUUGUAUUUAUAUGAACGUAUGACAUGGACGAACAAAGCUAAAGAGCGUGAAUUUAAGAAACAAUAUGUUAAUCAUGCUACACAAAAAUUGAAACUCAUUGUGGAUCUUACCUCCGCUAAUUGCAGUCAUCAAGUUCAACAGGAAUUAUCAAGCACGUUUGCGCGACUGUGCCAUUUGGUCGAUGAGACUACAAACGAAAUGCAUAGCGAAGUAAAGACUAUCGACAAGACCCUUCGAACUUUGGAGGAAGCAGCGACCAAGGCCAAAGUACUCAGAAAUAAGGCAAAUUAUUUAACGAACGAACUCGAAUUAUUUGAUUCAGCUUAUUUGAAAUCAUUACACUAAAUUAGCAUCGUUCUUCGCAAAGAAAUUUGCACAUUUUUCGAGCGAAUUUUACGGAUCGAUCUAGAUUUAUUGAAUGUAUAUAUCUUGUCAAAUGCUAAAAAAAAUUCUCCUUUUUUGAGAGAACAUUUUCUUACCCAGGCACUAAGUCGAAGUCACAGAGGACUGUUUCUUAGUCUUUAAAAAAUUCUAGUCUCAGUUACUCUUACACUAGGUAUUUAGUUCUCUUGGUUGCUAUUUGACAAACUAGCAACUACUGUUGAUCUAUUUUUUUUAUAAUUGAGUCUGUUACAAUUUAUUUACAAAUUUGAACAAAGAAACAAUUUUAUAACAUUGAUUUCUAAUUUCAUGAUCAGAAAAAAUUAUUGAUUUUUAGCAAGUGCAAAUUUGAUUAAGUUAUUUCUAGAUCUUUAGACUAUUUAUUUUUUAUUUGAAUGAUUGAAUUAAGCUGCGCUUAAAAAAACUAUUAAUAUCUACUUUAUAUA